AUGGCCAACGACGAGACUACGAAGAAGCAGAAAUGGUUUCCAUUGGAAUCGAACCCAGCAUUGAUCAAUGGAUACAUUAAUAAACUUGGAUAUGACACAUCACUGUAUGAGUUUUGCGAUGUGUUUUCUACUGAAGAUUGGGCACUGGAAAUGAUUCCCCAGCCAGUUGCCGCAGUUCUCAUGCUCUACCCUCUGACAGAGAAGCAAACAAGUGCGGUUGGGGAUGAUGUUGUGGCUACAGAAGAAAUGAAAGAUAGAGUAUGGUUCAUGAAACAACGGAUAGGCAAUGCAUGCGGCACCAUUGGAUUAGUUCACGCCCUUCUCAAUGCUCCAGAAGCUCUGAAAGUAUUUGAACCGGAUUCCUGGUUGGCUAAGUUUGCUGAGGAUACUCCUAUUCCAUUGUCUCCAGUUUCCAAAGCUGAAAGAUUGGAACAAGAUUCUAAGAUUGCCAAAAUGCACGAUGCUGCCACAAGUUCUGAAACCAACGCUACCAGUCGUGGCAACAUAGAUGACAAGAUCCUGACACACUUCAUUGCCUUGGUUUGCGUGGAUGGGAAAUUAUACGAGUUGGAUGGGCGCAAAGAGGGGCCAAUCUGUCAUGGACCAACGUCUCAAAUGACUUUGCUGAAGGAUGCAUGCGGGGUAAUCAAAAAAUUCAUGGCUCGGGAUCCUACUGAAAUGAGAUUUACAAUAACAGCACUGGCGCCAAAACAAAUGUGA